ACUCUCCUCAUCCUCUCUGCCUUCCCCGCCCUGUAUCUCUACGUCUCUCGUCCAACCCGAGAGCCACCGCCCCGCUCGAUACCCGGCGAGUUCCCGCGGCUGUUGCCGACCCACCACCGUGCCAUGGCGGCGACGAUACUCCCGGAUCUCGGCGCCGAGAUCCUCAUACCCGUGUGUGCCGUCGUCGGCAUCGUCUUCUCUCUCAUCCAGUGGCUCCUCGUCUCCAAGGUCAAGCUCUCCCCAGGGGACGCCUCCGCUCCCGCGAACAACGGGAAGAAUGGGUACACCGAUUACCUCAUCGACGAGGAGGAGAGCAUCAACGACCAGAGCGUCGUCCUCAAGUGCGCCGAAAUCCAGAACGCCAUCUCUGAAGGAGCAACUUCCUUCCUCUUCACUGAGUAUCAGUAUGUUGGUAUUUUCAUGGCUGCUUUUGCUGUCUUAAUCUUCCUUUUCCUCGGAUCUGUGGAAGGAUUUAGCACAAAGAGCCAGCCUUGCACUUAUGACCAAACCAAAACAUGCAAGCCCGCUCUAGCUACUGCUGUCUUCAGCACCGUGUCCUUCUUGCUUGGCGGUAUUACAUCGGUGGUUUCUGGCUUCCUUGGAAUGAAAAUUGCCACCUAUGCAAAUGCAAGGACCACCCUUGAGGCAAGGAAAGGUGUCGGCAAGGCUUUUAUUGUUGCAUUCAGGUCGGGUGCUGUAAUGGGGUUCCUUCUUGCUGCGAAUGGUCUUCUGGUCCUCUACAUUGCCAUCAACCUGUUCAAGAUUUAUUAUGGCGAAGACUGGGGAGGCCUUUUUGAGUCUAUUACUGGUUAUGGCCUUGGUGGAUCCUCCAUGGCUCUGUUUGGGAGAGUUGGUGGGGGUAUCUACACUAAAGCUGCUGAUGUAGGUGCCGAUCUUGUCGGGAAGGUUGAGAGGAACAUUCCUGAGGAUGACCCUAGAAACCCAGCUGUGAUUGCUGAUAAUGUAGGUGAUAAUGUGGGGGACAUAGCUGGUAUGGGCUCGGAUCUUUUUGGCUCAUAUGCCGAGUCAUCCUGUGCUGCGCUUGUUGUGGCCUCUAUCUCUUCCUUUGGGAUCAAUCAUGAGUUGACUGCAAUGCUGUACCCUCUCAUUGUUAGCUCUGUGGGUAUCCUUGUAUGUCUGAUCACCACCUUAUUUGCAACUGAUUUCUUUGAGAUCAAGGCUGUUAAGGAGAUAGAGCCUGCACUAAAGAAGCAGCUGAUAAUUUCCACAGUUCUCAUGACUGUGGGAAUUGCCAUUGUCACUUGGAUUUCCGUUCCUUCUUCCUUUACCAUCUUCAACUUUGGAACUCAGAAAGUUGUCAAAAACUGGCAGCUGUUCUUGUGUGUCGCUGUUGGUUUGUGGGCUGGCCUUAUCAUUGGGUUUGUGACUGAAUACUACACAAGCAAUGCAUACAGCCCUGUCCAAGAUGUGGCUGAUUCCUGCCGAACUGGAGCUGCUACUAACGUCAUCUUUGGCCUUGCAUUGGGAUAUAAAUCAGUUAUCAUUCCCAUUUUUGCAAUUGCUGUCAGCAUUUUUGUUAGCUUUAGCUUCGCUGCGAUGUAUGGUAUUGCAGUAGCUGCGCUUGGAAUGUUGAGCACAAUUGCCACUGGAUUGGCAAUUGAUGCAUACGGUCCUAUCAGUGAUAAUGCUGGAGGAAUUGCUGAGAUGGCAGGCAUGAGCCACAGAAUCAGGGAGAGGACUGAUGCCCUUGAUGCUGCUGGAAACACUACUGCUGCUAUUGGAAAGGGUUUCGCCAUUGGUUCUGCGGCACUUGUGUCCCUCGCUCUCUUUGGCGCCUUUGUGAGCCGUGCAAAUAUUGUGACUGUCGAUGUGUUGACUCCAAAAGUGUUCAUUGGCUUGAUUGUGGGCGCUAUGCUCCCUUACUGGUUCUCUGCAAUGACCAUGAAGAGUGUGGGAAGUGCAGCCUUGAAGAUGGUGGAGGAGGUCCGUCGGCAAUUCAACACCAUCCCAGGUCUCCUGGAAGGCACUGCCAAGCCUGACUACGCAACAUGUGUCAAGAUCUCCACAGAUGCUUCCAUCAAAGAGAUGAUCCCACCAGGUGCACUCGUGAUGCUUACGCCCCUUGUUGUCGGGAUCUUUUUCGGUGUUGAGACUCUGUCAGGUGUUCUUGCCGGAUCCUUGGUCUCUGGUGUUCAGAUUGCUAUCUCUGCUUCCAACACUGGUGGUGCUUGGGACAAUGCCAAGAAGUACAUCGAGGCUGGUGCCUCGGAUCAUGCGAGGAGCCUCGGCCCCAAGGGAUCAGACCCGCACAAGGCCGCUGUCAUCGGCGACACCAUCGGAGACCCUCUCAAGGACACAUCCGGACCCUCGCUCAACAUCCUCAUCAAGCUGAUGGCGGUCGAGUCGCUCGUCUUCGCGCCUUUCUUUGCAACCCAUGGAGGUUUACUCUUCAAGAUCUUCGGAUAGCUGGAAGGAAGAAACGUAGAAGGCCAUAUGCCUCCAAAUUUUUUCCUAAUCCUUCUGUCCACCAACCUUGUCUCGCCAUUGUAUCUGCUACAAUAACUAUCUUUCUUAGAGGAUGUUCGAUUUUUGAUGAUGUAUCUGCUCGAGGCAGCGCCUCUGCAGUAUCUAACAGUCCUGAAGAGGCUGAUGACGACGACAACCACGAUAACGAUCAUGUUAUGGUAAGUUGGGAUUGCCUUUGUCCUUUUUUUCUAGUAAGAGAUACCUUUACAUCGAA